ACGAAGGAUCCUUUGUCCCCUUCGUGGGAAAUUUCACACGAUUGAUCGGGUCGGUCCCACACAAAUAUUCGUUUGCCGUUGGGUUGGAACCUCAGAAGGCUCAAACUUCAGAAAAACUUUGAGGACUUCCAUAAAGUAAAAUGUAACCUUCAAUUCGAACGGAUCGAAACCCACCAAAAUACAAGAAAGAGAUAACUCCAGAUUCUCUCCCUCCGAGAACAGCUGCCAAAACAAAGCUCGCACGCUAAGCACCAAAACUCUCUCUCUCUCUCUCUCUCUCUCUCUCUCUCUCCGGCGUCAAUGAAGCUUCCAUUUGAAUGAUUGAGCUGAAACCAGUUCUGUAUGGGGGCUCAGAAGAGUAUUCAUGCUGGCAAAGCCAAGAUAGACUUCAAUGUUGAUCUUACCCAGAAGCUUUGUGCUGCUUUGAUGCUCUCCCCUUUCAGGAAUUCUGGCAGUCCACUUUCACUAAUAAUUGGAAGUCUUUACAUCAAACACCCCAAUUUAUUUGGUAGGAGCGAGAAGCUUGAUGUGUCGUGGGAUAAGGGACUCGAUGAGUCGAAUUUCUUCGUAGCUUAUAGGAAGCCGAGGCCCGAAUGGCUUCCUCAACGGUGUUUUACUAUUCAGCACUCUAUUUCACCUGAGAUUGGGGUCCACGGUCUGCCUGUUGAAAACUUCUCUCGUUCAGGGAGUGGAGGUGUAAAUCUUUGUCGCUUCUCUAUAGGGCUAGAUCUCAAUGAGCCUGCAAGUUCCCAUUGGAGCAGCAAAACCAGUAUAAAGUUUGAGCAUGUGCGUCCAGUUAAUGAUGAUGGGCGCUCAAUAAGCAAAGAUCUUGAUGGGUUUCCAGUUACCUGCAGUGGCAGUUGUCAUGACAGUAUGGUAGUAUUAAAGCAGGAGUCUCAAUUUGCUAAGGAAUAUGACCGCAGUUUUGAUCGAUUGAGUCUGCAAAUCGAACAAGGAAUUCCUGUUCUAUCCAAAUGGCUGAUCUUCAACCGGUUCAAGUUUCUUGCAUCAAAGGGCAUAAGUCUGGGGCCAGCAUUUCUCUUGACAAGCUUGACAGGUGGUUCCAUUGUAGGGGACAUAGCUCCUUAUCAAGCAUUUGCCAUUGGGGGUCUUGGUAGCGUGCGUGGGUAUGGUGAGGGUGCAGUUGGAUCUGGUAGAUCUUUUCUGGUUGCUAACAGUGAAUUGACAUUCCCUUUGAAUCAGAUGUUAGAAGGUGCUAUUUUCUUGGAUUGUGGAACUGAUUUAUGCUCUGGUCGUCAUGUUCCCGGGAAUCCUGCCCUAAGACAUGGCAAACCAGGAAAUGGGAUCGGGCUUGGAUAUAGCCUUCGGUUCAAGUCCCAUGUGGGACACUUUCAGGUUGAUUAUGCCAUCAAUGCAUUUCAGCAAGAAAGGGUGUCUUUUAGCUUUGGGAAACUUGCUUCAUGAUAUUACGCAUCUGUGUUUCAAGAUCACAUGAUUUUCCAUCUUUAUCAUCGUAACGAAGCAUUCCUCUUUGUUGGUCGGAUAAUUUGUGAUCCAACUUUGGCUGCCCGAGAGACAGAUUGCCCCUGCAAGCAGUAAGAAACCCUCUUCGACCAUUAGAGGUUGCUGAUAUAUAUGAAAUGUGUUCCUUCAUUUGUGGGAGUUCUAUGGGAAAAUCAUGGCUUCAUUCCGGAUAGGAGAAAGUAGGUUCUAUGGGGAAAUCCUGGCUUUCUUCUGGAUAGGACAAAGCAGGUUAGGUAUUCAUAUUUGUGUAACCUAUUUGGACAUGGAAGGGUGAGAAUCCCAUCACAAUUACCGGAAGUUCAGUUUUUACCAACUGACAAACACGUUGGAUUAUGAAGAGGGAAAGAGAAUACAAAUAUUUCUGCUUGUGUUCUA